UAGAUUGAAAACAGAUCAGGCUGCACAUUUCUUUCUCACACCCUCUCCACCUCCAUUAAAAAAACACAAGAAAAAAGAGCGUGUUCGCUGACAAAACACAAAGCAGCACGCAUCGUUUUAAAGGGUUCGAGAACUUUGCCUAAUCGCAGUGAUGCACCGCAGAAGCACCCCGGGACACGCUAUAGAGCUGCCGCUCCGCUCUGAACUUUAUGAAUGAGCCUCCUUCUGAGAAAGCAAACUUACAUCGAGCUUUGCUAACCCCCCCAUCUCUCCUCUUUGUUUUUUAAACAGUGACGUUAUCAUUUUAGAUGGAUUUUCUUCGCAUAUUAAGAUGGACAUGCAUUUUGCUGAUUUCUGACUGACAGAGUAUUCUGUGAAUUCGAUCGCAUUAUUCAGUGUCACGUUGUAAAGAUCACUCGUGGAUCGGACAAAGUGAAUAUAGUGACGCACUGGGAUCCGAUUGCAGAGACGCUGUACAGAAUCUCUAACAUCACCAGGUUUGAUCUACUGAAUCACCACCAUCUGAAGAUGGAGACUUCGGCUCAAACCACUAAUGAGACAAAGGAGACCAAGGGCUCGAUCAUAGAGGGGAAUGGCUUCACGGACACGGGCAAGAAAUCAUCACCCUCAGCGAUAGCACGAGCCCCACACCACAUAUUCCCAACACUCCACACUCCAAUUCCGAUUGACAUGCGUCACCAUGAGGGAAGAUACCAUUACGAACCACACGCCAUACACGCUAUACACGGCCCUCCUGGAUUAACUGGUAGCCCUGUCAUCUCCGACAUCUCCCUCAUUCGACUGUCCCCCCACCCUGCUGCCGCGGGGGAGUCCCCCUUCAAUGCUCCUCACCACUACGUCAGCCCCCACAUGGAGAACUACCUCCACUCUGUGCACGGCAGCCCCACACUCUCCAUGAUCUCAGCAGCCCGAGGCCUGAGCCCAGCGGAGGUUACGCAUGAACACCUGAAGGAGAGAGCGCUUUUCAGCCUGCCCCCUCCCCCCCCUGGAGCUACCCCUGCUGAGUACUACCACCAAAUGGCACUGAUGGCCAGCCACCGCAGCCCCUAUGGGGACCUCCUGAUGCAGAGCGGGGCAGCGGCAGCGAUGGCUGCACACCUCCCAGACUACAUCAACCCCGUGGAUGUAUCGCGGUACUCCAGCCCACGGCUGACUCCGAGGCUCAGUCGAAAGCGAGCCCUUUCCAUCUCGCCCCUCUCCGAUGCCAGCAUUGACCUCCAGACCAUGAUCCGCACCUCGCCCAACUCCCUGGUGGCCUAUAUCAACAACUCCAGGAGCAGCUCUGCAGCCAGCGGCUCGUACGGGCAUCUCUCUGCUGGUGGAAUCAGCCCUGCGUUUGCUUUUCCUCACCCCAUCAAUCCCAUGGCGUACCAGCAGAUUCUGAACCAGCAGAGAGGCUUGAGCUCCGCGUUCGGGCACACCCCGCCUCUCAUCCAGCCGUCUCCCUCGUUUGUAACGCGACAGCACAUGACGGGAAUCUCCUGCCUUCCAACCCCUGCACACAACAACAACAACAGCAGCACUUCCGACUCAAACCAGAACGCCAGUGGCGAGUCAGCCAUCAGCAGCACCGUGAACCCGAUGAUAACCAAGCGAUCCAAGGUGAAGACAGAGGGGGAAGGAGUGAGGCCAGCCUCCCCUGGUACUCAGGACCAUCUGGCUGGAAUCGUGGGUCUCACAGAAGAUUUAGAUAAGGACGAGUGUAAACAGGAGCCGGAAGUUAUAUAUGAGACAAACUGCCACUGGGAGGGCUGCACCAAGGAGUAUGAUACUCAGGACCAGCUUGUGCAUCACAUUAAUAACGAGCACAUCCAUGGGGAGAAGAAGGAGUUUGUGUGCCGCUGGGAGGAGUGCUCCCGGGAGCAGAAGCCCUUCAAGGCGCAGUACAUGCUGGUGGUGCACGUGAGGAGACACACAGGGGAGAAACCACACAAGUGCACAUUUGAGGGCUGUUCCAAAGCCUACUCCCGACUGGAGAAUUUAAAGACUCACCUGAGAUCUCACACUGGAGAGAAGCCGUAUGUCUGUGAACACGAGGGCUGCAAUAAAGCGUUCUCUAACGCCUCGGACAGAGCCAAGCACCAGAACAGGACCCACUCCAAUGAGAAACCCUAUGUGUGUAAGAUCCCAGGCUGCACAAAGAGGUACACAGACCCCAGCUCCCUGAGGAAGCAUGUAAAGACCGUACAUGGGCCUGAAGCUCACGUCACAAAGAAACAGAGAAACGAAGCCCCCCACCGGCCUCAGCCGCCAAGAGAGAACGGAGCAAACGAGGCCAGCACCAAACACAGUGGCAGGGGCUUGGAGGAUAGCAGCACAACUAGAGGCAUAGAGGACUGCUUACAAGUCAAACCCAUUAAAACAGAGAACUCUGUGAUGUAUCAGUCCAGCCCUGGUGGUCAGUCGUCAUGCAGCAGUGAGCCGUCCCCGCUUGGCAGCACCACCAACAAUGACAGUGGAGUAGAGAUGCACAUGAACCGUGGAGGUAGUCUGGGAGACCUGGCUGCACUGGACGACCCCCCCAUCGGGGACUCCACUGUUUCCUCUGGGUCCUCAACAGUCGGCCUUCAGCUGCGCAAAAACAUGUCCGCCACCCACAGACUUGAACAACUCAAGAGGGAGAAACUAAAGACGGUGAAGGAUUCUUGUUCCUGGGCCAGCCCAGCACCUCAAGCCAGAAACACCAAGCUGCCUCCCAUACCAGCGAUCGGUUCUUUACUGGAGAGUUCAAGUAUUGGUGGACCCACGGCUAUGCUACCCAACCAGAGACUGAGUGAACUGUCCACCAGUAACGUCAUUGUGCUCAAUCAGCUGAACGAACGCAGAGACAGCACCACGAGUACCAUCAGUUCUGCCUACACCGUCAGUCGGAGAUCUUCAGGCAUCUCACCCUGCUAUUCCAGCCGCCGUUCCAGUGAGGCCUCCCAGUUCGGGGGUCGUCUGAACAACAUCAGCUCAGCAGACUCCUACGAUCCAAUCUCCACAGAUAUGUCUCGGCGAUCAAGUGAGGCGAGUCUGAGUGGGGGAAUACCAAGCCUCCUGAAUCUCACCCCUGCCCAGCAGUACAGGCUAAAGGCUAAAUAUGCCGCUGCAACUGGGGGAGCUCCACCCACUCCUCUACCCAACAUGGACCGCAUGGGUCUCCGGACAAGGAUGUCUCUGUUUGGGGAUGCAUACGAGUCUGCAGCCGCUCCCAUGCAUCCCCCUACUGUGCCACGACGAUGCAGUGACACUGGCUACGCUGUGUCCAGUAUGAUGCUGCAGGAAGUGCCGGGCAACAUCAACAGACGUGCAAGUGACCCUGUACGGAGGCCAGCUGUUGAUCCUCUGUCUCUCCCAAGGGUUCAACGCUUUAAUAGUACAAACAGCAUGAACCCGCUCCCCCAGCCAAUGGAGAGACGCAACCUCAGUCUGCAGAACUACACCCGCUCAGAUGGCAGCCUGCACCGGCAUGCUUUCUGCUCCCGGCCGCCAAGCAUCACUGAGAACGUUGCUAUGGAGACGAUGUCUGGUGACUUGGACAGUCAGGCUCCAGAGGAUGACAUCAUGCUUCCGGAUGACGUAGUGCAGUACAUUAAAACUCAGAACAGAGUAUCUGUGGAGCAGGACACCAGCUCCACAGGCUACGGCAGCCAGGCGCUGGGCUUCCAAGGAAACGCGAAUGUGCCGCAGCAGCAUCAGCAUCAGUUUUACGGCCAGCGGAGAAUGGCCAUGGUUGACACAAACAUGAAUCAGCCAGGACAAAUAAUGGCGCAGUGCCAAAUGAGCCCAGGGAACCAGCAACAGUUCCACACUCCUCCGAUUAUCAAUAAAAAUAACAUGCCCGUCCAGUGGAAUGAAGUCAGCUCAGGUACUGUUGAUGUCAUACCAAGUCAGACAAAGCAGCCGUUUGCCAGAGGGAACUUAGCGGUUGUGCUGCAGAAGCAAAACUUUGGUCAGUAUCAGAACAUUAAUGCCAGCCAACAAACCAUGCAAAUGAAUCAAAAUAAUGCACACAUAGCACAGCAGAGUUUCACGCCAAGGAACACAGACUUAAAUACCCAAAGGAUGAACUACAUGCAGCAAAGGCAGCAGCAGCUUAACUUAAAUGAGCAAAUGAGCCCGCAGCGGGGGUAUAAUCUGAACAAUGCAAUGCUCAGUCCGAGUGCUGCAAGUGUAAACACAGGCCAGCUGCCAUCAUGCUGCAGUAUACCAGGCAGCUCUGCACCCAUGAUGACCAGUAACAGCAGAGGACCCGCAGUGCAGAAUUACAGCUCUCAGUCUGGGGUGGGUCAAAACCACCUCGCCCCCCCUAAUCAUCACGAAGGUUACUGUCCCACCCAGCAGAAUUUCAACAGUCCCUCCCAACCCACCAUGAUGAACUCAAGUUUCAGCCACGGCUUGAUGCAACCUGGUCCACCUCCAGGACCCGGCCCAUCCAACAGGCAGCGUGAGGCUCUGAGCUCCAUGCAGCAGCAGCAGGCUUUUAUAAGAAGUCCACAGUCCAUCCAUGGCACGAGUCCCAGCCACGCCACUUCAGAAGCAAGCCCCAAAAGGCCGCCUAACAUGGCUCAGUCCCAGGCCCAGCAGUGCACUAAUGGCAGCCAGGAAAGCAGCCUGAUGUUUUAUUCAGGACAGAUUCACAUGUAUGAGCACAAUGGAAACCUCGACACAGGGAUUUCCUGUGCAAGGCAGCAGCAGGUGGCGCAGCAGUGUUCCUCUGAUAUAAAGGCUCCCAGCAUGCCUUCCCCAGGAGUCAACCAGGUUUCAAGCACAGUCGACUCCCAGGGCAUGGAGCAUGCUCAGAUAGACUUUGAUGCCAUGAUGGAUGACGGAGAUCAAUCCAGCUUGAUGUCAGGAACCCUCAGCCCCAGCAUCCUCCAGAACCUCUCCCAGAGCUCCUCCCGGCUCACAACUCCUCGCAGCUCUCUGACGCUGCCUUCCAUGCCUGCUGGGAUAACCAACAUGGCUAUCGGGGACAUGAGCUCCAUGUUGACAGCGCUGGCUGAGGAAAGCAAAUUUCUUAACCUGUUGUCUUAACGCCGAGUCAAAAAGAAACAAAGAGACAGACAUUCAUGCUCUUUGGAAUCCUGUCUUUGAUAACCAUUUCAAGUACUGUGUCCUGUUUAUUUGUGGAAAUGACAUGACAGUGCUCUUGCUGUGGGCAGAGCAGACUCAGCUUACAGUAGUAAGUUAGCACAUCAAAGUGUGUCGUUUGCGAAUGACUAUUUUUCCGGUGUCUUCUCCAAAAGCACUGACCCAUGCUGGAUUCGACACGAGAAAAACAACAUGUGCAUCUCUCCUGUAAACUAGGGAAUUAGGUUUAUUUGUGUUUGUUUGUUUUCAAUAAUUAAUGUAUUAUGCAAAUGAAAGUGUUACUGUACCUAUUAGUCAAUAAGGAAUCUAAACUGGCAACAUGUUUUUAUGUCACAUCAAAAGCCAUAAUUUACACACAUUUUGAGAAAGACAUCUUGCCUAAACUUAGAUCUCACCGCAUUGCAUUUCCGUAAACAUCUUGCCGAACUUACAUUGAUAUUCAAGAAACCGGUAUGACAAGUGCCUUGCUGUACUGUAUAUUUCUGUCUGAUGGUAAGAGCACACCCAUACUUCAUGUAAACUUGUAAUGCACUGCUAGAAAACUGAUAGAAGUUAUUUAGAAUGCUUUUUUUUUUUUAUUUUUAUUUUUUUACGAAUUUUCUUGAUAAACUAUUUAAAAGGUAAAAUGACCUAAAUGAUGUCAUGGAUGAUGAUUCUGGCUUGAUUGUCAUCUUGUAUAUAUAACUGUUGCAUUUUCUUCCCCAGACAGAGGGCUUUGUUUGGGUUACUUUAGCCAUCCCCAUGACUAUGUCACUUCAGUUUACCUUCUAGGGUUAAAUGCCUGUCAGUAAAUUACAGAUCAAGACUGGAAAUGUAUUUAACAGUGUUCUGAUGAAAAAGACGAGUACGCUAUUGGUCAGUCUGCAGAGAUUACAGUGAGCAAGUACCGCAGAGUGUGCCGUCGACCAUUAGGGAAUGCUCUGCCCUUCAACAAGACAGCACUAGAGAAACUUCUGUAUAAAAAACAAUAUCAAUUCUGUUUUAUUCACCAGAGUUAAAAAUAACCUUUUAUACGCUCUUAACAGCACAUAUGUCGUGUGCUAAAUAUGUAUAUAGCUUUUGUACAUUUUAUAAAAUACAAUAACAAUUUUUUUACUUA